AUGAAUGCAAUACCGAAUGAAUGUCUUUUUGAAAUACUUAAUAACUUUCGUACAAGUCAUGGAAUUUUAUUUUCUUGCCUUUUCGUAAAUCGUCAAUGGUGUGAAAAUGCUGUACAAAUAUUAUGGAGCGAACCAAAUGAAUGUUUCAAAGAAAGAAGACUUAUAAAGAUUUAUCUUUCAUUGUUGAAUUCCAAAGAACAAGCUCUAUUAAUACCAUUUGAUAUAAUACUUCCAAAGAAACAAAAUCGUUUAUUUGAUUAUUCUUCCUUUACUCAAUCUAUUAUCGGUUUUAAUCUGAUCUUUGGAAUUAUAAAUUGGCUCAAAAAUGAAGGUCAUG